AUGAGUUUAAACGAAUUCACAUAUCCAUAUGAUCUUCCAAAUAAUUAUAAAGGACCAGGUUCCCCAAUUGUAAAACCUGGUGAUGAAUCAAAACCAAUUCCAUUAACAUUUACACCAAUCACAAUUAAAAGCUUAACAUUAAAGAAUAGACUUGUAGUAUCUCCAAUGUGUCAAUACUCAUCACAUAAUGGUGAGGCUAAUGAUUGGCAUUUAUCUCAUUAUUCAAGCUACGCUAAAGGAGGAGCAUCAUUAGUUAUUUUUGAAGCAGCUGCAGUCCAACCAGAAGGUAGAAUAUCAUAUGCAGAUCUUGGAAUAUGGUCAGAUGAAUUUAUCGCACCAUUAAAAAGAUGUGUUGAUUUAGUUCAUAGAUUAGGUUCAACAGCAGGCAUUCAAUUAGCACAUGCAGGCCGUAAGGCUUCAUCAAUCCCACCAUUUUUAGAGGGUGCAAGAAAUUCUAUCCCAAGUGACCAACCAAAUGGUUGGGAAGUAUUUGGACCAUCAGAGAUCAAAUUUAAUGAUAAUAUGAGUUUACCACAUGAAAUGACUAAAGAACAAAUUAAAGAAACUAUUGAAGCAUUUAAACAAGGGGCACUUAGAUUAUUAAAAGCUGGUUUUGAUAUGAUUGAAAUUCAUAAUGCUCAUGGUUAUAUUGGUAAUCAAUUCAUUUCACCAGUAUCAAAUCAAAGAACAGACGAGUAUGGUGGCAGUUUUGAAAAUAGAAUUAGAUUCCUUUUAGAAACCAUCACAGAGAUACGUAGUGUAUGGCCAACUGAAAAAGUAUUGGCAGUACGUUUAACAUGUGACGAGUGGUUAGAGGAUGGUAGUGGUUGGACAAUGAAUGAUACAAUCGAAUUAGUUAAAAUAUUGGAUACUAUGGAUGUCGAUAUUAUUGAUUGCAGUAGUGGAGGUAAUAGUACUAAGCAAAAGAUUAAAGUAGAACCACUUUAUCAAGUACCAUUUGCAGAUUCUGUUAAAAAGCACACCAAAAACUUAUUUGUCGCAACUGUUGGUUUAAUUAAUACAGGUAAUGAAAUCGAAGACAUUCUUCAACAAAACAAAGCAGAUAUUGUAAUGUUAGCAAGACCUUUCUUACGUAAUCCCCAUUUUGUAUAUCAAGUUGCAAAGGAAUUAAAUCAAACAAUUAAUUAUCAAAUCCAAUACGAAAGAGGUCGUGAAUAA